AUGUCGCCCGCACCAACACUACCGGAGAGCAUCGACUUGGCUCAUCACCUCGCUAAGCGGGUUAGAACCGUUCAGCCAAGUGCCAUGAAGGCUUUGGGAGCGCUGGUGGGAAGUAGAAAGCUUCUGACUCUUGGAGGAGGAACACCGCAUCCCUCGUUGUUUCCCAUGUCACAUGCGACCUUUACUCUUCCAAAACUAUCGACCUUGAAUGGUGACGUUCAAGAUUGGCAGCAGGGCGAGGCCGUCACAGAAGAAAUACACCUGAAGAAGACUGGCCCAGGGACGGAGAAUGACGAAGGUGGUAUUCUAGAUCUGAAUGAUAUCCUUCAAUAUGGGCUUAGUAAUGGCUUUCCGGAGCUUGUACAUCAGUUGGAAGAGCUGAAUGAGCUACUUCAUGGGAAGACUAUCUCAGAUUCAAGUAUUUAUAUCACCUUGGGUAAUACAGAUGGUGUAUCCAAAGUCUUCCAACUCCUUGUCGAACCAGAUAUAGAUACCGUUUUAACAGAAGAAUAUUCAUUCGCAUCUUCGUUGAACGCAGCCAGAGCCAAGGGAGCCAAACUGUACCCCAUCAAAGUAGAUGGCGAAGGUCUGGUACCUGAGGAUCUUGAGAAAGUCUUGAGUACUUGGGAUGAGAAAGUUCAAGGUAGAAAACCACAUGUUCUUUAUACGAUUCCUUGUGGACAAAAUCCGACUGGAUCGACUCAACCUCAGGAAAGGUAUGAUGAAAUCUACAGAAUCUGUCAGGAACACGAUGUGAUCAUUAUGGAGGACGAUCCCUACUAUCCUCUUCAAUUCGCCGCAUACGAGCCUGAUGUUCAGAAAAGACAAUUACAGCUCAAAGAAGCCCGUUCGAAAUUACCUCCAGCCCCUGAACAUGCCAAAGAUGAUGACGUCCAAGCUGUAGCCAAAGUUUUCAACGAAUACGCCGGAGUUAGAUCUUUCUUAUCUCGUGAUGUAGAUGGUAGGGUGAUCAGAAUCGAUACAUUUAGUAAAGUGUUUGGUCCAGGUGUCAGACUUGGAUGGGUUACAGCAAAUUCCACUUUUAUCGAAAGACUUCUCCGAAUCGGAGAAACUACCACGCAAGUACCUAAUGGUCUAAGUCAAUCUGUUCUCGCUUCUUAUCUCUCGGACAAACACUGGGGUAUCGGUGGAUUUAUAAGAUGGAUGUGGGGUGUACGAUUGGAAUACCAAAACAAACGAGAUUACUUCCUCGAUCGACUUAACGAAUAUGUCCCAACAAAUCUAGUAUCUACCGUCCCAUGCGGAGCAGGGAUGUUCCAAUGGCUACGUGUUGACCUAACUUCCCAUCCGCGAUAUAGAAAAACCCCCAUCAACAGUUCAGCAGAAACAGCCGUCAACUUGGCUUUGGAUACAGUAGGCAAAGAACCAGAGGUGCCACCAGGUUUAGAAUUGAAAUCGACUAAUGAACCCGCUCAGUAUACCUCAAAUGCAGGGGAGUUCAUGGAUGAAUUAUGGAAUCAUCUGGUGGAACACGGUAAAGUCGUUUUAUUACCUGCGAAGGUAUUCAUAGUAGAGAAAGAAGGAGUAGACCAGUCAGAAGACUUGAAUUUCUUCAGAGCAACUUUUGCGGGCGAUUUGGAAAAUAUCGAUGCCGCUCUGAAAGCUUUCGGCGAUUCAAUCAAGGAAUGGUUUGCGAAGGCUUAG